AUGGUUUUGUGCGUGAUUGUGGGCUGUGCUUACAGAAGUGGACGAAAUAACGGGGUUUACUUCGCAAGAGUCCCUUCUGUAGUUACAAAUCAAGGUAAAGAAGCGGAAAAUUUGUCUAGAGAAAGGAGAUCACGCUGGAUUUCGGCGAUUAGUAGAGACGAUCUUACAGACGACAUUUUGGAGAAUGACCUUGUUUGUGGAAGGCACUUUGUUUCUGGUAAGGCUGCGAAAGGCUGGGAUAGAUUUAACGUUGACUGGCUUCCAACACUGUGUUCAGGGCACUCUAAGAAAGCAGUAGGUCCCAAAAACCUGGAGAAAGCGGCAGAGCGAAGCCAGAGAGCUAGGGAUCGUGAACAGAUCAAAAGACCCGCACAAGAACAAAGGGAAAAAGAGCUUGAAGCCGAGAGGACCGCCAAGAGGAUAAAUCUUAGCGAACCUAGCCACCAAAUCGCAGAUGUGAAUUUUAUUUUUGACGAUCAGAUCGAGGAAACGCCAAACGAAAAGGGAAUUCAAACUGAGAAAGUUGUCUGCAAAGAAACUGGCAUUCAGUCGGAGGAAUAUGAUUAUUUAUUCACGCCACUUAAAGAUCACUAG